CGGCGGCGGCGGCGGCGGCGAGAGGGGGAAGCGGAGGAGCCGGCGCUGGAGCCGUUGUGCUGCUGCGAGUACAUCGCCCGGGACGGGGCGCGGAGCCACGUGGCCGCCUGCAUCUGCGACUGCCAGGAGCUGGACGACGGCUGUGACAGGUGGAUCUCGGGCAAACCCCUGGCCCCCGGGGCGCUCCAGAGAAUUCUGGACACCGUCUCUGACCGCUGCCGCGUCCCCUGGCUUAGAGGGGCCCGAAAGGUGGAAAUCAGCAUCCUCCCUCCCCUCGUCCUUCUGCCCGCCCUCCUCCACAUGGCGGCGUGGCACCUGCUGCUGGGGGUUGUGAUUCUGGCCUCGCUGCCCGCGCUGACGCUGUGGUACUACUACCUCACCCACCGGAGGGGAGACCAGACCCUCUUCUUCCUCAGCCUAGGUCUCUUCUCUUUGGGCUACAUGUACUAUACGUUCCUCCGCGAAGUGGCCCCCAGGGGCCGCGUGGGGCCGGCCCAGCUGGCCACACUCACCUGUGGGCUGGGCCUGACCCUGUUGGCCCUCCGCCGGGCCAAGGAGGAUCCCGGUUACCUCAGGCGGCCAGGGGAAGGGGCUGCGGGGUCCGAGUGCCCCGGUGGCCAGCCGGUGCCGGUCGGCCCGGAGUCCCGAGAGGACUGGUGCACUCAGUGCCGGCUGGUCAGGCCGGCCCGGGCCGGGCACUGUCGCCUGUGUCGGGUGUGUGUGCGGAGGAUGGACCAUCACUGCGUCUGGAUCAACAACUGUGUGGGAGAAUCCAAUCACCAGGCCUUCCUCCUCGCCCUCUCGUUCUUCCUGCUCACCUCCGGCUAUGGGAUAGCCCUGACUCUGGGCACCAUCUGUCCCGAGAGGAGCAUCUUCACGGCUCUGUUCUACUGCCCUGGAGUCUACGCAACCUCCAGCUCGGCCCUAUCCUUCACCUGCGCGUGGUACUGUGCGAUCAUCACGGCGGGCAUGGGCUACAUCUUCCUGAUUCAGCUGAUCAACAUCAGCUGCAACGUGACGGAGAGGGAAGCUGGGCGGGCCCUGAGAGGCCGGACUGGCCGCCGGCUGCUCUGCGGGCUCGGCGUGGACCCCGGCCAGUACAACAGGGGCUUCCUGAGCAACUGGCGCCACUUCUGCUCUCUGGGUGCUCCCCCACGUCCCCUGCCCGCCGAAGACAUGGUCUGAAGGGAGCAUCGUUUCCUCUCCCUGCUUCGGGGCCUCACUUUGGGUCCAGGAGCUGGAGGAAGGUUGAGACAGAGAUGCAACUCUGGGCCUGGCGGGGGGGACAGCGAGGCAGAUCCUGGGCCAGGUGGUUCCCCCCCCUGAGACAAAGGACCAGGACCAAGCGAAGUCAUUGUCCCUCAGCAGAUGAGAUGCCUGCGGAGCCUCAGCUCCCGGAUCCACAGGAGGAGUUUGGGCUUUACCCUAUCAGCGUGGAAAACAGUGGCCAGUGGAUGACUGGAUGUACUGGGCCUAUUGUGGGCCUGCCUCACCGCACUCUGGGAAUUUUCUACUUUCUACACCCUGGGUUUGAACCUGCUGAGCAGCAGGGUCAAGGACUAGCUGGACUAGUCUGUGACCUCAAACUCCCGCUCUGUCCAGGUAAAUAUUGUUCUGGUCAGUUAGGGGGAACGUGUUAAUCGGCCUUUUGGGGACAGCUGCAGGUCAGGGUGUGUGCACAGGGAAUAUGUUGUUUUUUUAAUGUUAUUGUUAAGCGUGUACUAUGUGCCAGGCACUGUACUAAGUGCUAGGGUAGAGA